AAUCCCGCGCCAAAAAAAAUACGCUACGCCAGCCAAUAACACCAUCAACCUUUCUUUAGCCGAACCCUGCAUUGCAGCUGCGCCAAUCACUCACUCACUUGUACACCAUCGUUUUUGCUGUGCCGCGCCUCUUGGCCCGGGGGAAUACCGAAAUCAAAAUCUCCCUUCUUUUUUUCCAGGGGGGAAACCAUGGCUGGCGGCAGGGCGACGACGGCGACUGACCAGUCAAGCGACGACGACGGCGUGCUGGUGCAGACGAUGAAGACGCCCUCGGCGCUGGACCUGCUGGUGCUGUCGUUUAACUGCGCCGCGACGCUCAUUGACGUGCCUGUGUUUGCUGGCCAUUUGCGGACUGCGCUGGCGCGGAAUGCCACGGAGCUGCCCGAGGUGGUUGUUCUCUCGUUACAAGAGAUUGCCCCCCUAAGUUAUGCCUUUAUUGGCGGGGAUUACUUUCUAAAGCCGUAUGUGGACCGGUUUGAGGAGGCGAUAAAUCUCGCGGCUACAUUACACUUGACAAGUGAAGAAAGCGAUGAUGGCGUCUUGGAUUCUGCCUCCUCUCCUGCUCCUCCGCCUUCUUCACCGUCAAGUGGCACAAAGAAGCCCUUUACGCUAAUCAGGUCCCUCAAUGUGGGAUACACCGCCAUCAUGCUUUUCGCCCGGGAUGCCACCCGGCUCAAAGACAUUCAACAAGCGGAAGUGGGAUUUGGCGCUGCUGAGAUGGGCAACAAGGGAGCGGUUGGCCUUCGAGCACUGUAUGAGGUUGAUGGGGAGUCGACGGAGCUGACGUUUGUAGCGACGCAUCUGGCUGCCAUGGAGUGGAAUCUGCCGCGGAGGAACGCCAAUUGGGGGACAAUCAUGCGUGGAUUGACGUUUGAGAACCCGGAAGAGGUCCUGAACCAGAUGAGGCGAGAUGCCGAGUCGAGAGGCGAGAGCAUCUCGUCCGAGGAAGGGGAUGCCACUGAGCAGUCUCGCCUGCUCCGGGAAGAGCAACACCAGCAGGAUCUCCAAUUGCAAAGGCAGUUUCACGAUCUCUCCGUCUUCAAGCCGUCUUCUCACCUGUUUGUUGCGGGGGAUCUCAAUUACCGCAUUUCCACCACCUCACCGACUCCUUAUUCUGCGUUCCCAAACAUGGAUCCAGGUUCAGAAAACUACUACACGCACUUUUUCCAUCUGGACCAGCUGACGAGGGAAAGACUCGCCGGCCGGACCCUCCACGGUCUGUCAGAGCAUGAGGUCAAAUUCCCGCCCACGUACAAAUAUGUCGUCGACUCCAAGACGAAGCCUUCCGGCGAGGCCGGCAACGCCGUCGACGAGGUUAAGUGGGAGUUCGCCUCGCACCGAUAUCCUAGCUGGACAGACCGCAUCCUCUUCCUCGAGCUCCCGUCAUGGAUCAGGAGCAAGAUGAAAGUCCGUGAGUACGAUGCUCUACCGGUGAUUCGCACAAGCGACCACCGUCCCGUCUUCCUCCGAGUCGACGUACCCCUCGUGGCACCUGCCGAUCUUGCCCCUCCGGCGGCCGUGCUGGAAUCAGCCGCCGAGUCUGGCUCCCCCGGUGGCUCCAACGGAUUCGACCCGAGAGUUCGUCUCCCCGUCGAGAUUGAUCCGGAAGCCUGGGAGAGGAGGGUGGCUGCGCGACGGCGGGAGAUUGCCGCUGGGUGGACCAUGUUUCUCUGGAGCACGCGGCAGGGGGCGUAUAUCCUGUCGACGGUGCUGGCGGCGAGCGUGGGCGGGUACUGGCUCUACCGUUCAGCAUGAUAAUGGCGAUGGAGAGGACCAUCAGGG